AUGUCGAGGUAUGACCGCUAUUGUGAAAAUUUAUUUCAUCAGUUAAAGAGUCAUGAUCGCAACUCUAUCGAUAUCUAUCAUGCGGGUUAUGUUUUUAAUAAUGUUUGCGCGUAUGUUAGUCGCAGUAUUGAUGGGGGUCGAUGUUAUAUGAGGGUCGUAUACCUAAAUCACCGUUGUCUUAUAAGAGAAUCAUUAUUGGAUUUAAGUUACAAUUAUCAGGACAGAUCCGGCCAUUAUGAAAUACAGUUUUGUUUUCCUGACUUCUACGGUGGCUUAUGUGGUAUUUUUCAUGAAGAAUGUUACGAAGCUGUGAGGCAGUUGAAUAGGGAAGCGGCUAUGUGUAGUAUUGAACAAAUUGCUGUAAACAUUGCAGAACGUUGUCCUGGUGUAAUAGUUAGUCAAGAUUUAAUAAAACGACAAGUGGAAUAUUAUAAGAGCGGGGGUUUAGUUCUUUUAGAAUUGGAUCAUAGGGGUAGAGCUGUGUUACAAUAUUAGCAUUUUUUUUUUUUUAUCGUUGUAGUGCGGAUGAAAUAAACGAUGCUAUUGUUGUACAGUUACCCUGUGAUACAGUUCUUGAUGACGAACCGCUGUCGGUAUUACAGACUAUAGCUAGCGAUUAUAAGUUUUUUGAUUUUUAUCUACGCGUGGGUCGAGAACAAGGAAUACAGUUAGCAGGUGGUCGGUUAUGGCCGACAAUAAUUGUAGACGGUGUUAUGCGAACCAUACCCAGUUUUUACAUUUAUCUUAUAGCUGUGACAAAGUGUGAUAACGGCGAUCGGUAUAUUACUAUUGGUGUCGUACACUGGUUGUUUGGGAUCUAUGCCAAAUUGGAUAUCGAUUAUCGUAUUUAUCCCGAAACGUUUAAAGCCAAACGCUUAUCUGUUACACCGAUAUAUUUACCCACGGUGACAUUUAAUAGUACAGAAUUUAAUAUCGAUUAUGGGAAUGAUCGUGAUUAUGAUGAUGAAGGAAGAAGAUCGUUGACAAUUAACGAAGCACGAGAUUAUGUUAGCGGAACAGUAGAUACUUUAAUCACAUACAUUAAUGAAAAUUAUCAGACAGAUUGUCUCUCUUUGGCUACAGAUUUUGAAAAGGAGCACGGGAUAGCUGUGUCAAAACGUUUGGCGCAAAUUUUGAUUUAUCAUCAAAAAUUGGUCCACAUAGUACAGGAUUGGGUAAUUAAAAAUUGUGGCUGUACGCGAAACGAUCAGAUUUGUCAUUGCGUCUGUAUACUCGUCGUGAUGUAA